AUGAGGUGGACGAGAGCACAGAGCUUGAGAAAAAGUCCAAGAAUGAUGGAAGCGGGUUUUCUAUCAAAGUUUACUAAUACGGCUAACAAUGCUAUCAAUCUUGAAGAAGAAGAAGUCUUGUACAUUGAAUCAGGGUCAUCUAGCAUACAUGUAGUUGAAGGAAAGAAUUCUAUGAUGAAUGCAGGGAAGAAAGGGGUAGCUAGUAGGGGACGAAAACUAGAAUUACCCAAAAAGACAAACAAUGGAAAAUCAUAUAAGAAUGACACAAGUGAUGAUGAUUUUGUUGAGAGGAAAAAUAAGAUGGAUUCUGAAAAGAAUGAAAAGAAAAUGAAAAGGAAAAGGGUUGACAAGAGUGUUAAGGAUAAAAAGGUUAAGGUGAAAGGGAAAAAAGUAAUUGGAUCUCAAGAAAAAUGUAAAGAAGGGAAGGUAGGAACUGAAUUUCAAAGGUUGAGUACUCGUAUGUCUGCGAAUUCAUUGUAUCUAGCCAUUAAAAGUUUGUCAAAAAAUCAGAGAGAAAUGAUAGCUUCUCAACAAGUUCUUGCUCCAUAA